AUGGUACGAUUGUCAGCGGAGUUGAUUCAAGACGCUUAUCAGUAUGUGAAUGCGGUGAAACAACGUGAGCUGAACCUUCGUGACCUUCAGAUUCCGGCAAUCGAGAACUUGGGCGCGACAAGGAAUCAGUACGAUGUGAUAGACCUGACAGACAACAACAUUAGGAAGCUAGAGAACUUUCCGUUCUUGAAGAGAUUAGAAUGUUUGUUGCUGCAUAACAACAGAAUUCAGUAAGAUUUUAGUUUUUUUGAGUAAAAAAUUAAUUUUAUUUAAAUUUUUGAAGGUUUUAGAUUAAAACAAGGAUUUUUUAAAAUUUUAGUAUUUUUUCACCUUUCUUUUUAUAUUUUUAUUGCUUUGCUUUUCAGACACAUUCAGAAAGACCUCCAUGAAAAGCUACCGAACCUAAACACUCUUGCUUUGACCAACAACAAUCUGGCCGAGCUUGGUGAUAUUGAACCUCUGGCGAAAUGCAAAAAACUCGAGUAUUUGGUGUUGAUGGGAAACCCAUUAACUCACAAACCUCACUACAGAUCGUACAUUAUCUAUAAGCUGCGGACAGUGCGAGUGUUGGACUUUAAAAGAGUCAAGCUGGCUGUAAGUUUUUAUUUGAAUAUGUUGCUUUGAUGUAGCUGAUAAAAAUAUCAUUUUUUCAUUUCUGGGUGUUAAAAAUUGUUUUUUCUUAAUGUUUUUAAAAAAUAAUACACCAGUUGAUUUGAAGCCGUAUAACUUGAAAGAACAAUAAUAUUAUUCGUUUUAAGGAACGAGAAGCCGCAUUGAAGCUGUUCAAAGGAACCGAAGGCAAAAAGCUGCGAGAACAACUGGUCAAAAAGACUCAACCGCUUCCAAAUGAAACAGAAGCCCUCAGAACGCAGCCAGUCCAGACUAGAAACGAUGAGGAUCAAGAGAAGAUUAGACAGGCCAUCAGAAAUGCGAAGACCUUGCCUGAAGUUGAGCAUCUCCAGAGCAUGCUGCAACAGGGCAAGAUUCCUGAUCCUAAUCAGUGAGUUUUAAAGCUUAAGGCAUUUGUGUGAGCGAUAUGAUAUUAUGUGUAAUACAAAUACAGUGGAACAAUUGUAUUUUCUUAUUUAUUGGGUACUUCUUGAUGUUGUUUUAGGUAUUUAUUGAAGGCACUUGAUAUAUUAUAUUAAGUAAUUACUUACUGUUUUAGAUUCGGCCAAGAAAACAAUGAAAACAACCCAAUCCAAAUGACAGAAGACGAUGAUGAAGAAGAAGAGAUGGAAACAGAAGAAGAGCUUCAAAAUGGAAUGGAAACCGAAGAAGUCUCGGUACAAUAA